AUGUCGACCCCGAGCUCGAGCGGGUCUCGAGCGCCUUCGGCGCCGGAGCGAGGGACGUUCCCGCUCGAUCACUUCCACGAGUGCGACGAGACGAAGAAGUCGUACUUUGAAUGUCUCGAGCGAAACGCGUACGACGCCUCGGCGUGCGUCGAGGCGAGCAAGGCGUACUUGGAGUGUCGCAUGUCUCGCGAACUGAUGACGAAAGAAGACUUUGGAAAACUCGGAUUUCGAGAGGGGAAGACGCGCACCGCGGCCGAGACGAAGACGGCGAGCGAUGACGACGUUGACUUAGGCGACGGACACCGCGUCGCCGGACUGCGCGGCGCCAGCGCGCGCAAAACGUAG